AUUUUAGUGCCAGAGCUUACGGUUACCGGUUGUGCUUUCGACCUAAUUUUGUAUAAAUUUAGUAACAGUGGAUAUUGAUGUUGUAUUUUUUUUAAAAAUUGCCGAAGAGGUUCAAAAAGCCGAGAAUCUGCGAACGCGCGGAUUCUUUUUUUAAAAUUUGGACAAGAAACCUGUCUCCCGUGCCAACAUCCACCACUGCACCCUAAACGUAAACAUUACGUGUGACGAAACGUGACGUAUUCUGACGUAUGGCUGAUAGACCCUACGCGUACGAUCCGGUCGGCUCCGGCGCGCCAGUCAACCAACAAUCGUACAGAAUGGAGGCAGGACAAUUGUGGCGGCAGUAUGCCAUCGCCGGCGUCGCGAACAUCGCGAUCGCCUCGACCGGCUACUCCAUGGGUUGGACGUCGCCGGUCAACGUGAAGUUAGCCAACGUCACCACAUCACCUCUGGACGAACCCAUCACGGCAGACCAGGAAGCCUGGAUCGGAUCCCUGCUUACGGUCGGCGCUAUAUUCGGACCAUUCAUCGGCGGUUUUGCAGCGGCUAAAGUUGGCCGCAAAUGGGGCCUGUUGAGCUCAUCCAUCCCUCUCCUGGUCGGCUGGGUGCUGGUGGCUGCAGCGACCUCUGUUGCGUUCCUCUACGCAGCCAGGAUAGCCUGGGGAGUCGGUGUCGGCAUGCUCUUCACUAUAUCGCCUAUGUACUGCGCUGAAAUCGCUACGGACGAUGUGAGAGGCGCCUUAGGAUCCUUCCUACAACUCUUCAUCACGUUUGGUUUCCUCCUUGUCUACGGCAUUGGGCCUUUCGUCUCCUAUGACGUCAUCGCGUACGUCGGCGUGGCCUUUGUCAUCUGCUUCGAUCUCGCCUUCUUCUUUAUGCCCGAGUCGCCGACUUAUCACUUGAUUAAAAAUGACAAAGAAUCGGCAGCCGAAUGUCUGAUGACGAUCAGAGGCAGGUCCCGAGCUGGCGUCCAAGCAGAGUUGGACAAGAUGUCUGCCGAAAUUAGCGCUUCCAUGGAGAAGACUGCUACGAUCAUGGACGUGUUCCACGGCGCCAACUUCAAAGCGUUCUACAUCUCCUGCGCGCUGGUCUUCUUCCAGCAGUUCAGUGGCAUUAACGCUGUCCUCUUUUACAUGACCAGCAUCUUUGACGCCGCCGGCGCCGGCAUCGACUCAGCAUACGCCACUAUCAUCAUUGGUGCUGUUCAGGUGGUAGCAUCGGGCAUCACUCCAAUCGUGGUGGACAGGCUGGGCAGACGCAUACUGCUUAUGAUCUCGUCUUGCGGAGCUGCCGUUGGACUUGGUCUCCUAGGCAUGUACUUCCUCCUGUCCGCGGUGGAGAGCUCGGUGCUGCCCAGCAUCGGGUUCCUGCCGAUCCUGGCGCUGGUGCUGUUCAUCCUCACAUACUGCUGGGGGCUGGGCCCGCUGCCCUGGGCCGUCAUGGGCGAGCUUAUGGCCACCGAGGUCAAGGCCGUCGCAGCUCCUAUGGCAACUGCUGUUUGUUGGACUCUGUCCUUUUUGGUCACCAGAUACUACGGACCAAUCGCGUCAGCUGUUGGACUGUACACAGCUUUCUGGAUCUUCGGCAUCUGCUGCGUCGUCGCGUUCUUCUUCUCCAUGAUCGUGGUGCCGGAAACUAAGGGCAAGAGUCUGCAAGAGAUCCAGGAUAUCCUGGCUGGGAAGUCAUCAAAGUCAGAAAAAGCCUAAGUCCACAGUGCCACUAUGACUACGUACUGUAUUGUGAUAAACGCUAGCUUAGUAUUAUGUUGUUCGAUGACGAAUUUAUUUGUAAGAUUUGUUGAAUAGCCAGAUUCAGGUUAGGCGGCCAUUUCUACUAUUUUUUUUUUUAGUUUUUGUAGUCUCUUACCAUUUCACUUUUUUUUUAAAUAUUGAAAUAAAUCUAGAUUAAAAAUAAGGUACAAUUGUUCACAAUUUGAAUGAGAAAUAAUAAAUUUGGAAACUUUCGACGCCUAAAUAUUUUUGAUAAAACUUCAUAAUUUAUUUUUAAAUACCACAACUUUGCAGACAACUUUUCGGUUAACACGUAAAUAUAAAAAAAACUAAAACGUAUUAGAUAUGGCCGAACUAACAGUCUCGAUAGCGCUGGUACAUAUCAAACACUUUAUAUUUAUUUACAUUGUUUUUGUUAUAAGUAGCCGACGAAUAUUAUGCAUAUUUUGUGAUUAUUUUGUUUUUGAUUGUAAUUUACAUGACGAAAUCUACCAGUGUAUUUAUAUGAUUUUUAAUUGAGUAUUUUCAUAACUUUAUGAUGCUAAUGUACUAACUUUUAACAGGUUAUGAAAUAUAUUGUCCGAGGUCUAUUGGAAUAUUUUGCGAAAUUAAACUAUCUAAAGCAUCAAAACAGUUGUUGUUUUAAUGCAUUAGAUAGAAAUCUGCGUAAACGUUAUUAAAGAAAAUGACCUGGGUAAGUACUUACCACGAAACAUGUUCAUGUUUGAAAACAUAUUCCAUUUAUAAUCAUGUCGAGUUUAUAUCUUAUCUUAUUUGAGAAAUAGUGAAAUACAUCAGUAGCUGAAAAUAACCUCAAAAUGUCUAAAAAGCCAUUAACACCAAAGUACAAAAAGGGUGGUGCCACAAUUUUAGUAAUUAAGUUAACAAUGUAACUUUUAUUUUCGAGUGAAAGCUGAGAGAACCACUCAUAUGGAAAUUAGCAAAGAUCGUAUUUAUUUUUCUUUAAAGUAAGUAAUAAAUAUAUGAAAAUCUAGUAAAAUUCGCUAUGAUUAGUAUCAAAAUGCGCGGGAAAUUUUGUUUCAUAUUGACGAUAGUGGUCUAUGGUCGGUUGUAUCUUAUGUAAACACUGAAAUGUGUUGCCACAAGUAAAUAUUGUGGAGAUUCUAGAAGAUGCGGUUUGUAUUUCGCCUUAAAUAGACGCAGAAACAAAUACUUACAGAAAAAAAAUACCAUUAUGCUUAGUUCUAAUUCAUCACUAUAUGAAAAUAUGGUGUAUUAUUUAAUUAAAAUUCUGCCAUCUUAAAGUAUACCUACAUUAAUUACUAUAUUGUGAUAAAUUAGAUGAAUUUCUUUGUUACGUUUGUAAAUAUUUAUUAAAUAAACAUAUGUGCCUUUUAAUGAUUUUAGUUCUUGAUAUUUAUUCUUUUAAAUUUAGAUAAUUCAUGUGGAGUCAUUGACUGGUGCAUUGAUAUUUUGUUAUAAAUAAAUGUUUUAUGAUAAUA